AUGCUGUUGAACCUGGAGCCAAGGACAGUGUCGUACACAAAUCUUCUGUCUCACACUAAUGCCUUGAGUGGCAGCAGUGGCAGUGAUGAUGUUUUCAAGCAGCAUUCUGGGUCACAGUGUGUUUUGAGUCCAGUAUGUAACAUCCUCAUUCAGACGGCCAUAAAGAAAGGUUUCAAAGGGAAAAACAUUGAUGACUAUGACCCGAAUCUCCUGGAUGAUCCACAGUGGCCUUGUGGGAAACAUAAACGAGUGCUUGUCUUUCCAUCUUAUAUGACAACGGUCAUUGAAUAUGUCAAACCGUCCGACCUGAAGAAAGACAUGAAUGAAACAUUCAGCGAAAAGUUUCCACAUGUUCAACUGACCCUCAGCAAAAUCAGAAGUCUGAAAAGAGAGAUCCGUAAACUGGCCCAGGAGGAUUGUGGGUACGAAGAACCGACGAUUGCAAUGGCGUACGUUUAUUUUGAAAAGCUUGCCCUGCAUGGUAAACUCGACAAGCAGAAUCGUAAACUCUGCGCCGGAGCUUGCAUCCUUCUCGCCGCCAAAAUAAGCAACGACCUCAAGAGGCCAGAGGUCAAACACCUCAUAGAUAGACUGGAGGAGCGACUGCGGCUGAAUCGGAGGGAACUGUUAUCGCUGGAGUUUCCGGUGCUGGUGGCGCUCGAGUUUAAACUGCAUCUUCCACAGCGCGAGAUCUUACCGCAUUACAGACGCCUCUGUCAGACCACCUAAAACCAGACCAGACUAGUUCCUCAAAACCCGUACCAACAUUACUGGUUUUCAGUAUUUAGAUGUAACAUUAGGGCUGCAACGAUUCCUCGAUGGCUUUCAUAUAUAUAUACACUAUUACUCGUCAGAAUUUUCAACAGAUUACUCUAUUACCAAAAUAAUAGUUUGUGACAGCCCUAUUUAGAUGCAC